UAAACUGGCAAUACUUAGUAAUUGUUUGUAAACAAGCUAGUUGUGCAGUCGUGCGCUCUACGGUCGUACAAAUUAAAUACAUUUGCAACCAUAAAAUAUGGACAUUUGAUUAUCCUUUUAUAAAAAAUAUAAAUAAACACAAGUAACUGAAGAAAUCCACUUUAUACUUACAUUCACGUUUAUUUGAAAAGGAGAGAAAUGGAUUUGCUUCCAAAAGAUCACAAAGAAUUUGGCAAUAAAGAUUAUUGGAAUGAAUUUUUUUCAAAAAGGCAACAUUUUGAAUGGUAUGGAGAAUAUGACAAUUUAUGUGAAGUUCUUGACAAAUAUAUCCAUGUCAAAGAUAAAGUGCUGAUUGUUGGGUGUGGUAAUUCAAAACUUUCUGCUGACCUUUAUGAUGUUGGUAUUUGUAACACAGUGAGCAUUGAUAUAAGUGCACCCGUUAUUAAUCAAAUGCAAGAGAGAUAUGGUAAAGAUCGUUCAAAAAUGCAAUUUGAGGUUAUGGAUGUAAUGAAUAUGAAAUACGAAAAUGAAACAUUUGCUGUUGUCCUUGAUAAAGGUACUCUUGAUGCUCUCAUGUUUGAUGAUACACAACAAACUCAUGAAAAAAUUGGUAAAAUGUUUUGUGAAAUUGAAAGAGUUCUACGAAAUGGUGGAAGAUAUAUUUGUUUGUCCUUAUUGCAAGAACAUGUUUUAAAUAAAUUGUUGGAUUGGUGUGUAAACAAAGGGUGGCUUUUAAGACUUCAUCGAUGUUUAAAAGCUGAAGUAAAGCAUGAAAAUUCUUUGUCUUUUCCAAUUUUUGCUGUUAUUUUAACCAAAUUAAAGAAAAUUACUGGUGCUCCUCUGGUUUUAGAGAUUGUUCAUGAUGGGAAUGCAACUCCAAAGCGUUAUUCUUCUAAAGUAGAUAUUUUUGAUUAUGUCAAGUCUGUUCAACAUUAUGCAUUUUUAAAGUAUUAUUUAAGUAAAAAGAAAGUAAUUGAUGAUGAUAUUUGCCUAGAGCUUUGUUCUCCUGACACUGACAAAAUUAAAUAUAGAAUGUUUGUUGUAGACAGAGAAGGAGAAUCAAGUUUAAAGUUUGCAAUUUUUAUUGUACCACAAGGAAGGGAAAUCGAAUGGUUGUUUUCUACACCUCAAGGAAGGCAAGAAUUAGCUGCUAGCGCAGACUGUGAGCGUUUAGUUGUUGUCCAUUUACAGAGAGAUCAUGUUUACAACAGUUUAGAUGAAGUUAAAAGUGACUUAUCUGAAAAAGUUUUAGAACUUGCCCCAUUAUCAUUCAAAUCACAGGUACCGAUAUUGUCAUUAGGUGAUGAUGUUGGACAAAGAGAAAUAAAAUAUAAAGGAACAAGUGAAUUAAGUGGUGAAUUUGUGGUAGAGGAUGUGCAGUCUGAUAAUAAUGAAUUGUAUCGAAGACUUGUGUUCCUUAGUAAUCCAUAUUUAGUUCAAUCUGAAGCAAAACUAAUCAUGAGUACAAUUAAGAAAAAGAAGAAAAAAGUAACUAAUCUUCAAGUAGAUUUAGAUUUUCUUGCAUGUGAUCAUCAUGUCGCUAUAAUUUCUGGAUUUGCUUUUCUGGAGUCUCAUAUGUUCAAUCCUCGUGUUUUGCUGAUUGGACUAGGUGGCGGAGCUUUAGCCAUGUAUUUACAUAAGCAUUUUCCAAAUGCAUUUAUUGAAGCAGUUGAAUUAGAUUCUUGUAUUCUGGAAGUGGCUAAAAAGUGUUUUGAUUUAUCAACCAAUGAGAAAUUAGUAGUAAAUAUUGAAGAUGGAAUCAAUUUUAUCGAAGAAGCAUCAAAAAAAGGGUCCAAGUACGAUGUUGUGAUUUUAGAUGUAGAUAAUAAAGAUUCUGCAUUAGGUAUAAGUAGCCCUCCAGUGACAUUUUUAGAGACUACAGCAUUACACAAUAUUUCAAAAAUUACAGCUGAUGCAGGCAUCGUAAUAGUAAAUCUUGCUUGUCGGAAUGCUGAUCUUCGUAAAGAGGCAUAUGCAAAGUUAAAAAGUAUUUUCAAGUUCAUGUAUUCAAGAAAAAUACCAGCUGAAGUGAAUGAGGUGGUGUAUUUAUUGAAUUCAAGUCAUUCUUCUGAAAAUGUUAAAGAACAGUAUUCAAAAUUAUCUUCAUAUCUAGACGAAUCUACUAAGUAUCCUAAUGUAUUCGAUCUUACUGAUUUUGAAUCUUGUUUGAAUGAAAUUACGUAAAUAAAUAAAAUUUUUUUAUUGAUUUAUCUA